GGCUCAUCAAAUGAAGAAGUAAGAAUGGCAUCGUAUGGUAUCGUCUUUCGUAGCUUCUUGGCAGGGUUUAGAUAUCAAAGUCAUCUAAAGACAACCGGGAGGGUGCUCAGGUUUUGGGACGCAGAUAAGAGCAUCAUUCUCAAGCAGCCUACUACCCCGUAGUCUUCAUUGCAGCUCACCACCAUGGCCUGCAUUAGGACGGAUGUGCUAAUCGUCGGCGCCGGUCCCGCGGGGGCAAGUUUGGGAUGCUUCCUGACUCGAUAUGGGGUGACGGGCCUCAUUGUUAGCAAGACAUCUUCAACAGCAAGAACACCGCGAGCCCAUUUUACUAGCAAUGCAACAUUUGAAUGUCUCCGAGACGCCGGCUUAGAAAAUGAAUGUCGGAGUGUUUCCACAUCCAGGGAGCUCAUCAAGUUCUAUCGCUUCUGCCAUACAAUGGCGGGAAAAGAGCUGUCAAGGUCGUACUACGCAGGAAAUGAUCCACACAGAGAGGGAGAAUAUAAAAGAGCCUCGCCUUGCGAACAGGCAGACCUUCCCCAGUCUACUCUAGAGCCGAUCUUGCUUCGGGUAGCCACGCAGAAUGGAUUUAAGCUUCGUUGGGACUACGAAUUUAUUUCAUUUAACGAAGACGAAGAAACUGGGAAGAUCCAUUCUACUAUUAGAGAUAUUCUCUCUGGCAGUUUGUUGAAAGUGGUGUCGAAUUACCUUUGCGGUGCCGACGGCGCGAAAAGCGUUGUUGCCCGAGAGCUGCAGCUCCCGUUCCAUGAUACUCCUGGUGGUGGUUUCGCGUUGAACGUGUGGUUUGAAGCAGAUCUAAGCCAUAUGAUGGCGCACUCUGCCGGGUUGAUACAUAUGUUGUUGGCACCCGACAAACCUCAGCCAGAUUACUGCGCUAUUGCUAUUACACGCCAAGUCAAGCCCUUCUCUGAAUGGGUAAUUAGUAUGUUGGCUAAGCCAGGGAUCGCGAAGGUGACGGCUAGCGAGGACGAGAUCAUUCAACAUGUUAAGGACCUCCUUGGAGACCCCUCAGUAGAGAUCAAGGUCAAAAGCAUGACAACUUGGUCCAUUCAGGACUGCUACGCUGAGCAAUACGCUCGCGGAAACGUAUUUUGCCUUGGAGAUGCUGUCCAUCGGCACCCACCUUUUAACGGACUUGGGUCUAACACAUGCAUUCAGGACGCAUAUAAUCUUGCGUGGAAAAUCGGAUAUGUACAAAAGGGGUGGGCUUCUCCCUCGCUCUUAAAGUCGUUCAGUGCCGAAAGGCAACCAGUCGGAAAGGCUGUUGUCAGGCGCGCCAACAAGACAGGGACUAUUCACGCGCAGCUCUUCGCCCUGAUGGGUGUUUUCGAGCCCGAUCUAGCGAAGAAGCGAAGAAUCCUUGACAGUUUGGAGGAAAACACUGAAGAAGGCGCCGAAGCGAGAGCUGCGUUUCAGCAAAUCAUUGAGAACCUCGAUUCCGAACGCCAUGGAUUUGGUGUCGAAAUGAAUCAGUUGUAUCAAUCCCAGGCCGUAUGGGCCGACGAUGAACCGAACCCCCCUCCCAGCUUCUCUACUCCUGAAGAGGCGGAUCUUCAUUACUUAGAAAGCACCUAUCCCGGCUUUCGACUUCCUCACGCCUGGCUUCGAACCACAAAUGCAAAACCGAGCGACCCCAUGAUCUCAACACACGACUUAGCAGGCAAGGGCCACUUCACCAUACUAACCGGGCUUGGUGGGAAGGCGAAAUGGGCCUAUGCGGCACUCCGAGUGCAAAUAGAUCUAUCAGUAGAGAUCCCAGUGUAUAGUAUAGGGGCGGGAGACUACCGCGACGUCUUCUACGACUGGUCUAAGAAAAGUGGGAUUAGUGAAGAUGGGGCAGUACUGGUUCGGCCGGAUCGUUUCGUUGCUUGGAGAUCUAAUGGGGACGAUCGAGAUCCGGAGAGAAAUGCAGAUAGACUUAUCGAAAUUAUGUCGCGGAUUCUAGGUCGAUGAAGAGUUUCUGAGCAUGGCUCAUACCUCAGGUUUGGAUUUGGUAUUUUGUGGCCAUAUCUACUCGCUACUUUGGUUACCAUUAUCUAACCAUUUCAGAGGCUAAGGCUAAAUUCUUAAACAUAAGUGGAUAGAUUAGCUAAACGUCCAUUCUUGCAUUUUCUACGUAAUGGUUUGAUACGUUUGGUAAGAUAGGAUAAUGUAUGGAAGUUAUCAUAAAUGAAUCAACCAUUGCUCCCUAAAAAAUUCAUAAGGAGGAGAGGGGGAAGGAUAGCUUGGAAAGUUACAAAAAAUAGUGUUUAUACAGCCUAGUCUAACCAACUUUCUCUGUGUAUUCGCAGUUUUUGCGCUUAGAAAACAAUAGCAUACCAGCC